AUGGAAUUUCAAAAAUUAAUAGAAAUAAUAAAGAAAUAUAAAGGUAAUGGCAUAGACUAUGCUUAUACUUCUCAAACAGGAGGCAGAAGUUCCCCAGACAACACUAGAAAUCACUCUUAUAGUAAGGAAGUUUAUAACAUUUAUUCGCCAGAAUUAAAAAAAGAAGCCAGAGAAAUUGCUCUUUUUGGACACACCGAAGACGGAGGAUUUUGCCGAUUUAGCACAGAAUUUAAUGGGGAACAAUACGAGUAUGAAAAAGGGGACGGAUCUAAUCCUGAUAAGUUAACAAUAAAAGGUAUUAGUCCCGAAGAGAAAAGAAAACAACAAGAACAAAGAGAUAGAGAAAAAGCCCAGCAAAGAGAAAACAACCAAAAUGACAAUUCACCAUGA